CACUUUUUCCUAUCUUAGAGCCAAAACAAUGGGGGAGGGAGAUUGAAGAACCAAGAAAAAGCCCAAAAAAACCCGAGAAACGAAAAUGUCCGAGAGAGAUUAAUAGGAAAAACCCCGCGUGUUUGGAAGAUCUCGAUUGUAUUGUUCUUUGGAUUUUAGGUGCCUGAGAUUUUGACUUGCCUCUCUGAUCUCUUGAUCGAUUUUUGCCAGCUACAUUGUUGACGGAUCUGAAAAAUUCUCUGGGGUUUCGGAUUUGGCUUUUAAUUUGCGCGGUUUGUUCGGUAAAUUUGGGUCCGGGAUUCGAUCGUUUGGUUAGAGUACGGGAUUCGGUCCGGAGUUUCUGCAGUUUGACGCAUCGGAUCCUCACGGAUCUGGUUGGGAAUUUUUUUGAAUCUGCUAUUAUCGGCGAGUCGAUUCGUCCUCGGCAUUGGUUUUGUUCGAUUUCGCAUUUGUUUAGGUGUUCGUGUUUCGUGGAUUUGAAGAGACAUUGUUGUUGUACAUGGUGGAGAAGAUCGUCAGUUUCUAAGCGGAUUGUCCGAAGAGAUGGAUCCAUUAUCGGCGGUCAGCGAAGAGCUGGCUGAGAUCGAGGGACAGAUCAAUGACAUUUUCCGUGCCUUAUCAAAUGGAUUUCAAAAGCUGGAGAAGAUUAAAGAUGCCAGUAGGCAGAGUAGGCAACUGGAAGAGCUCACCGACAAGAUGCGAGAUUGUAAGAGGCUUAUCAAAGAUUUCGAUAGGGAAGUUAAGGACAUGGAAAGCAGAAGCGAUGUCAACACUAACAGGAUGCUGAACGAGAGAAGGCAAUCCAUGGUUAAGGAACUGAACUCUUAUGUUGCUCUUAAAAAGAAAUUCUCGUCCAACCUUGCUAAUAAUAACAAGCGAGUGGAUCUUUUUGAUGGGCCUGCAGAAGAGAACAUGGAAGAGAAUGUCUUACUAGCUUCAAAUAUGACCAAUCAAGAGCUAAUGGACAAAGGAAACAGGAUGAUGGAUGAUACAGAUCAAGCAAUUGAAAGGGGUAAAAAGAUUGUUCAAGAAACUAUAAACGUUGGAACAGAUACUGCGGCAUCUCUCAAGGCUCAGACCGAGCAAAUGAGUAGGGUUGUCAAUGAGCUUGAUUCUAUUCAUUUCUCAAUCAAGAAGGCCUCAAAGCUGGUGAAGGAAAUUGGUAGGCAGGUUGCCACUGACAAAUGUAUCAUGGCAUUCCUCGUACUCAUUGUCAUCGGUGUCAUAGCAAUCAUCAUUGUCAAGAUUGUGAACCCAAACAACAAGGACAUACGUGACAUCCCAGGCUUAGCUCCACCCGCCCAGACUCGGCGCCUACUCUGGACCCAUUACUGAAAGGAAAGCCCCUGGUACGUUUCAAUUCAUGUUCAUGUUCAUGAUGAUGAUGAUGGAUGAUGAUGAAUGAUGAUGAGUGAUGUUGAUGAUGAAUGAUGGUGAUGUAUUGGGGGGCAUCACAACUGCAUACUCACCAGAGAAAUGAACCUGCCUUCUCUUAGGAUCCGCCCACCCCCUCGGGUGCAUUUGAGAUUUUUUCUUUUUGUCGUUGCAUGAACUGAUCCAUCUUUUUCUACGUGUUGUAAUAUACUAACGAGUCCUGUCUGCGUGCUAUUUAUAUUUAUCCCUGUAUUCUUACAACAUACGGACCUUGUUUGGACUUCGGAUGUUUUGUAAUAAAAGAUUCUUGUUCGGUGUUGAGAAAUUUAUCUAAAUGUAAUGAAGUAUGAACAUUUGGUGAUAA